UACCCUCACAGCCUGCAGUUCUACCUGGAGCCCCCCACGGAAAACAUCUCUCUGGUGGAGUUUGAGAGCUUUGCCAUCGACCGCCUGAAGCUGCUCAAAGUAGUUGAAAACCUUGGUGUGAGCUAUGUAAGAAGUAGUGAUUCAUACAAAACUAAGCUGGAGGCUGAGCUCCGGAAACUUAAGUUUCCUUACAGAGCUUUAGCUGAGGAUGAUUAUGAGGCAAGAAGAAAAGACCAUAUCUCUCAUUUCAUACUUCGCCUUGCUUACUGUCAGUCUGAGGAUCUCAGACGUUGGUUUCUUCAACAAGAAAUGGAUCUCUUGCGAUAUCGUUUCAAUGAACUGACUGACAGUUUAAGGCAGAAAUUCCUGGAACAUGUUAACUUAUCUUUUGAAGCUAUUAGUGAAGACCUGAAAAAUGAAUUGGCAAAUGAGCUGUAUACAUCAACCCCUGGCCUCAGCAUGACUAAAGUAAAAGAACAAAUGUUCUAUAAGGUUGGACUUGCAGAUGCUGUGGAUCUAUUUAGAGCCAGAAGAGUGUUUAUUAAAGACGGCUUUGCAUAUGUGCCACUUAAGGAGAUUGAUGCGAUUGUUUUGAAUAAUUAUAGAACAAAGUUAUCUAAAGCACUGGCGGUAAGAGUCUGCAUUGGACAGCAGUUUGCCUCCACAGUUCCCGCCCUGGUUAACUGCAAUGGCCGUAGGAGUGGACGACGUCUCCCACCUGCUGAAGGUGUUGCAGCGUUCAGUGUGAGCUUCCCU